AUGUGUAACCACUGGAAAAAGGCGCCGCUAGGUAAAUGGAUAGAAGUUCGAGUGAUAGGAGUACCAUCCAAUCUUUGCUACUAUGGUUGCUGCUACGGUGCCAUUGAACCCAAGGUUUUGAUGGUACAAAAUGAUCACAAAUCCCAGAUACUGUUGCGAGGAGCAGCUCAACAAAACUCUCAUAAGCAAGCUCAAUCCGACACCAAUCUUUUCAUACAGCGUUUUCCCCAAAUCAAGAUAUUCACAUUCCAGUACAAAAAUAAAUGA